AUGACUUUCACUUACACGAAAUUACCACCAGAACUACAAAAAUGUGUCCUAAACUCGACUACACUAUCCGAGAUUCCAAAGCUACUCCAAAGCAACAAAACGAAUCGAGAGCUGAUCAGGAAGAAGCCUUUUUCGACGAAGAAAAUCGACUCGAUUGAGGUGAAAAUCCCGAUUUAUGGAAUCACCGUCGACGAUUCGGUGAUUUCCGAAGUGAAUUUCCUAGUCUCUUUCCAAAAUCUCGAUCUCAUCUUUCGACUCACAAACAAUGUGAUUCACUUAGCCGAUCUACAACUCUCAAUUUCAAAUCAACAUUUUUGGGCUUUAUUGAAAGAUGUUGUCGCUUUAAAAACCCUUCAUUUACACUGUUUACCCCAUUUUGGAACAAGCGAAAUGGCCGAAAAGGAAUUCGAGCAUUUGCUCGAUGCAAAAACUUUCCUACCCAAUCUCAAAUAUGUCAAUGCAUUCGAGAUAACGACGAAUUCAAGUAAAUUUCUGAAUAUUUGCUACACUAAGCUGAAAAUCGAUGGCUUUAAUCGAAUCCAAUUGAGAAUUGAUCGAUCAAGUGGUGACUGGAAGAAAUGUUUAGGAAAGUUAUUCGACGAAUCCCUUCAACAAUGCCCAACAUUGACUUGGGCUAGUCAGAAAACCCCUUGGAAACAGUUAUCUCAGCUCAACUUACGUCUCUUAACCCUCGAGACUUUCGAUGGAAUGUGGAAGAAAUUUGUGCAAUUGAUUCGAGACGUUCACAAGAAUCAAAUCGACUUUGACACGGUGACAAUGGUUGGGGCAAAGUAUUUCUCGAAUGAGACAAUCGAUGACCUGUUCGUCGAGCUGCAAGACAUUUUCAAGCCGAUCGCUGGACUGAAGAGGAUUGGUGGUGGCUCGCAAAAAGGGGCACUUUUAGUGGAAAGAUUGAGAAAUCUGAGUGUCGAUCUCGAGAAAAUGCGAAUCCAGGAUCAUCCACUACUACUCGACAUUCGAGAUCAGAAACGAAAAAACUUUUUCUACCAAAAAACAAUCUCAAAUGAUGUCGAUGUGGCUGGAUGCGCGAGUUUAUUCCAAAGUUCUGUUCCCGGGAAGAAAGGCUCACAAUUUAUCUAUCAAAUUUUCACGAUUUAUUUGUCUUGUGGA